UCCCUCCCUCCCUCCUAUUUAUUCCGCCACAUUCCCGCCGUCGCUCUCCGCCCAUCUUUUCUGCACUUAUAUCAACCCCACAUUUCCACUCUCUACACCCCCAAAUGCUACACAGUAGUCUUAACAGAACCGCCAUGGAAACCGGCAGUGGAGCCGCAGAGAUGACCGUUCUUGAGCGCCACCAAGAAGAACACCAGCAGCAGCAGCAAAUAUUACGUUACUUGGGCGGAGGCAAUGAUCAACUCGUGACCGCCAUGUUUUCUCCGCCACCGGAGCUUCAAGAAUUUCAGAGCCUCGGCGACCUUGUGACGCGGGCUAUGAAGCCGGAGAAUGUAUGGACUGAUUUUAGCGGUUUAGGACUUGGGCAGGAAACGGCCAUUGGAAGCAAUUACAGAAUUUCCAGAACUGCCAGCAGCCCGCCGGCGGUAGCCGACGGGAAAAGGAAAGAAGCCUCUCCGCCGGAAAACUUAAAGAGGAGGAAGGCUGAGAAGAAACAGAGCACAACGGAACAGAAGAAAGAAUCAUCGUCUGCUACCUCAGACGACAAAAAGCCUGACUACAUUCAUGUCAGAGCUCGCCGUGGCCAAGCCACUGACAGCCAUAGCUUAGCUGAAAGGGUAAGGAGGGAAAAGAUCAGUGAAAGAAUGAAAUACCUGCAAGAUCUUGUACCAGGGUGCAAUAAGAUCACAGGGAAAGCUGGAAUGCUUGAUGAAAUAAUCAACUAUGUCCAAUCUCUUCAACGACAAGUAGAGUUCUUAUCCAUGAAACUGGCUACUGUUAAUCCAACAAUUGAUUUCAACAUUGACAGUUUCUACACAAAAGAGGUUUAUGAAGUGAGUGGAUCUAAUUAUCCUGCAGAAAUGUUGAAUUCAUUGCAGCAAUGUUCUGGAAUGGAGAAUGGUGUGAACCCUUCGGCUAUGGCGCUUCGGAGAACCAUUAGUGCUCCCAUAUCACUGCUAGACACCACUGCAAAUCAACUCCAGGCAUCUUCAACUUGGGAUGCAGAGAUACAGAACUUGUAUGCAAUGGAGUUCCAACAAGGAAGAUCAACAACAUCCUUUCUUUCACAGCCAUUUAUGGGUUUCAUAGAAGGUGGCAACACAAGGAUGGCAAUCUGAACUGAAAUUAUAGAUCAGAUCAUACAAUUUCUUGAAUAAUGCUCUUCAAAAGUUACCAAUCCCCCCCAUUGUUUUUCUUCCCAAGUACAUACCAUAUGUAUUUGUAUGUAUACAGGCAGUGUAGAAAUGCCAUAGUGGUAAUAUUGCUAUCAAUUUGUCCCUUUCUGCUAUGUCUCAUCAAUCAACUGAGUUCCUGUAACGUACUGAAAUUUAGUACGUGAAUGCCAAUUAUUCUAUUAAUUACAUAUUCACUAUUCUUGCUGCAA